UGUGCUGUUCAAUUUGUUUUUUCAAGUCACCUUUCUAUAUCUGAGUUUUUUUAGUCCCUCUUUGACUUUCCAUUUGUUCCUUCAAAAGUGAUUGUAUGAACAAUUCAAUAUAAAAAUAAUAGUAGUGAAUCUAUGAACAAAAAUAUGGAUAGCAUUGAUGAGAAUAGAUUUGGGAAGUUUCAAGAAAAGGGUGUUCAUUUUCUUGAAGAAUCAGCAUCCCAAAUGAAAAUGGACUGUAAUAAGGGAAAGGAAAUAGUUGUAUUUGAGGAUCAAAAUGACGAAAACAACAUAUGGGUAGAUAGAGAUUUUCUUAAGUUAAAUGAGUAUAAAGGGAAUUCCUCUAAAAGGGUAGCUGAGAAUGAGGAAAUCCAGGUAGAAAUUAGAGAAAAGAAGCUUAAAGGUGGAAUCUUGGAUCUUUCCUCUAAAAGGGUAGCUCAGAAUGAGGAAAUUUUAGUAGAAAAUAGAGGAAAGAAACUUAACGAUGGAAUCUUGGAUCUAUCCUCUAAAAGGGUAGCUGAGAAUGAGGAAAUUUUGGCAGAAAUUAGUGAAAAGAAGCUUAAAGGUGGAAUCUUGAAUCUUUCCUCUAAAGGGGUAGCUGAGAAUGAGGAAAUUUUGGUAGAAAUUAGUGAAAAGAAGCUUAAAGGUGGAAUCUUUGAUCUUUCCUCUAAAAGGGUAGCUGAGAAUGAGGAAAUUUUAGCAGAAUUUAUAGGUAAGAAGGCAAAAGAUGGAAUCUUGGAUCUUUCCUCUAAAGGGGUUCUUGAGAAUGAGGAAAUUUUAGCAGAAAUUACAGAUAUGAAGGCAAAAGAUGGAAUCUUGGAUCUUUCCUCUGAAGGGGUUCUUGAGAAUGAGGAAAUUUUAGCAGAAAUUACAGAUAAGAAGGCAAAAGAUGGAAUCUUGGAUCUUUCUUUGGCUUUGCCUACUACUAGCAGUAGCAGGAGUCUACAAUCACCAGAACCAUCAAAUAACAACACAAGGAUUGGGUAUUUCAGGAAUGGCUCCUUGUCGUCGUGCUAUUCCCAUCCGUUUUCCCACAACCUUAGCUACUCACUUACACUGAGUUCAGAAGAUGAUAGUGAGUAUUCCGGGGAGGGAAUUAAUUGGUCCGGUUUUAGCCAGUUUAGGAAAGUUGAAGCAGGAGAUUGUACAUUGCCAGGUCAUCCUGAUGGAAGUAGAUUAGCUCUAAGUUGUAAAAAGGUCAAUAAAGAAAUAUGUGAUAAUGAUACUGAUAGGAUCAGUAGCUCGGAUAGUAAUUCGUUUUUCCUAUUCGAGUUGCCUGCUAGACCAGUAAUUGAUGAUCAAUCAGGUGAUUCGAGAAUCCUUGGAGAAGUAGUUUCAGAGUCUGUUCCUCUUAUGGCUCAGAUUAUGCAAGAGCUUCCUGAUGAAACAGUCGAAUCAACAAAGGAAUACUUGAGAAGCCUAAUUGCAAUUCCUGAGAAUAAAGAUUUGUUGGUCAGCCUUCAGAAAAGGCUUAAUGGGAGAUCUGAUCUUACCUUUGAGACUCUUUCGAAGUGUAACAAGACUCAACUUGAAAUUUUGGUUGCCAUAAAAAUGGGACUUGGAACCUUCUUAUCUUCCGAAAACCACCUUCAAACCACUGAAUUGAUUCAGAUUUUUUCUCUUGAAAGGUGUCGAAACAUUUACUGCAAGAGACUGUUACCUGUUGAUAAUUGUAAGUGCAAAAUUUGUUCGAAAAACAAGGGAUUCUGCAAUGUAUGUUUGUGUCAAGUAUGUUUGAACUUAGAUUACGCCAAUGGUACUUGCAGUUGGGUAGGCUGUGAUCUAUGUGUGCACUGGUGUCAUGUUGUUUGUGCUUUACAGAGAAAUCUUAUAAAACCAGGUCCAAGUAUCAACGGUCCAUCUGGAACAACUGAGAUGCAAUUUCACUGUCUUGGUUGUAGUCAUUCUAGUGAAAUGUUUCGGUUUGCUAAAGAAAUGUAUAGAUGUUGUGCAAAGAACUGGGACCAAGAAAUCCUAAUUAAAGAGCUUGACUAUGUUCAAAAGAUUUUCCAUGGGAGCGAUGAUUUUAAAGGUAAGGAGUUGCAUGCUAUAACUUAUGGACUGCGGAACAAGCUAGAGAAAAAGAUGAUCUCACCUUCAGACGCCUGCAAUUUCAUCUUUCAGUUUUUUAAAUACACAGAUGGCUUGUCACAUUUUCUUUCAUCAAGUUUUCCGGCAUCUAUCCCUCUUGCUGAUAAAUCUUCCUUCUACAUCAUGAGCUCUUCAAGUAGAAGAAAAGCUACGAUUACUGUUGAUCAUCAUCGUCAAAGUGAUGCCAAGGAUUUGUCUAAGUCUGAUAAAAUGAUCGAGGACGAAUGUUCAGUCAUCAAAGAAGUAUGAGCUCUCCAAGUGAAAGAAAAAAAUAUGAUAGUUUGCAAAGCAUUGUGAGGAUCAAAGAAGCAGAAACACUGAUUUUCUAAAUAUUUUAACUUCACCAUUUAAAUGUAUGAACUUUGUGACGAGCAACGAUUCUUAGACCAUUUCAGCCAUUCUUAGAAAUAGUAUUAGAUUUCAAGCAGGGCAAAUUUCAGAUUGUAAAGGCUUGCAGGGAGAUAGCAUCAGUGGCAGACUUAAAGCUGUGGAAUUCAUCACUGAACAGACUGAAUAACUUGCCUUGAGGUUGAUUUUCCUGUUGCUAGUCUUUGUGUUAUCAUCUGUCCCCUAACUGUUUUGGUACUGUUGUGUCUUUCGGUAUGAUCCAUGUUGUUGCCACAUUUAGUGUCUUUGAUGUUAUAACAAGUUUCAAAAG